UUUCUUCCUCUGCCGAUCCUGAUUUAAUAUAAUAUUUCACGAACCCCAGUUCUGUACUGCGCAUCACUCAGUUAAGACACUGUACGUGAUACGAUCUGUAUUCGCCUUAUCUGUUAUUUCGAUUUUAAAAAAUUGAAUGUAGACUAAACACAUGAUAUAAAAUCGUUCAAAGAUCAGUAGAACUGGAAUUAAUACUAACAACUACAGGAGAAUCACACAGGAUUAAACAUGCGUGUAGCCGUUAUAGGUGCGGGUAUCUGUGGCCUGGGAGCCAUCAAAGGUUGUAAAGAAGAAGGUUUAGACGUAGUUUGCUACGAAAAAACCGACGACAUAGGAGGUUUGUGGAGAUAUAGAGACGGCGACGUACAGGGUUUGGCCUCGGUUGCAAAAUCCACUAUCAUCAACACUAGCAAAGAAAUGACUGCGGCCAGUGAUUUUCCACCUCCAAAAGAGUAUCCAAGUUACAUGCAUAACUCUAUGAUGUUCGAGCAUAUUUGCCUGUACGCGGAGAAAUUCGAUUUAAUGCCGCACGUCAAGUUCCACCAUCGAGUGGAGAGGAUCGUUCCGGCCGACGAUUACGAUUCGACCGGCAAAUGGACAAUCACGACCGUAAACUUGAAGAGUAAAGAGGAGCGAGAAGAGACUGUCGAUGCGGUUAUGGUAUGCACCGGCCAUCACGUGUUUCCAAAUAUCCCUACUUUCCCCGGACAGGAAAAGUUUAGAGGAAGCAUCACUCACACUCACAGUUAUAAAACACCGAAUGAAUUCGAAGACAAGAAGGUUGUAGUGGUAGGAUCGGGCAAUUCUGGAACUGAUGCAGCUGUGGAGACGAGUUCAGUCGCUAAAAGAGUAUAUCUCAGUACACGAAGCGGUUGUUGGGUAAUGCGUAGAGUAGGACAGAACGGAAGACCAGGUGACGAAAUCUUCACUACUCGAUUUAUAAAUAUAUUAUUCAAUUUGGUUCCUCUCAACAUAUCGAGCUGGUAUAUGGAAAGAUAUUUGAAUAAGGCUUUCGAUCACGAAACUUACCAGUUAAAGCCCAAACACAGAUUCUUUCAGCAACAUCCCAUGGUUAACGACGCAUUACCAAACAGAAUUUUGAGUGGUACGGUCACGGUCAAAGGGGAUAUCGAACGUUUCGAAGAAAACGGAGUACUUUUUAAAGGAGACUCCGAAAUCACCGAAGUAGACCACGUCAUUCUGGCCACCGGAUACCAAAUUAAGUUUCCUUUCUUGGAUAAGAAGAUAGUAGACACCACGGAUAAUCGAGUGGAAUUAUACAAGUUUGUAUAUCCUCCGCAUCUGAAACAUCCCACCUUAGGUAUCAUGGCUUUGAUACAACCUUUCGGAGGCGGCUUUCCCAUCGGUGAAAUGCAAAUUAGAUGGUUUGUUCAAGUUCUAGUGAAGAAGGUUCCUUUUCCCAGCGAAGAAGAGAUGAGAAAAGACAUCAAGAAACACUUGGAAGCAAUCGGAAAGCGUUAUUACGAAUCAAAACGUCACACCAUCCAAGUGGAUUACAUCGAUUACUUGGACGAAUUAGCUUCGUUAAUCGGAGCGAAACCCAACUUCGUGAAGAUGUUAUUCACCGACCCAAAGUUAUUUUGGGCAUUGAUGACCGGUCCGAGUCUUCCUUAUCAAUACAGACUUCGAGGUCCUCAUUCGUGGAGUAAAGCUCGAGAAACCAUUCUCGGCUAUCCGGAAAGAGUUGUUUCUCCUUUGCAAACCAGAUACAAAGUAACGAAGAAAGUAGAAAAUCACUCGAUUCUCGCAUAUUCGGUAAUUUUUGUGGUAAUUGUUUUUCUUUUUUCAAAGAUAAUAUAUGUUUGAAGUUGAAGUACACUGCAAAACAACGUGACUGAUGAUAUUGUAGACGAAUGGAAAUAAAAGUAAAUUUGGUUAUUGUUAUUGUUAUAUUGAUAUUUGCUGUCAUUAAACACAGUACACAAAACAAUAUAUAUAUAAGUUUCGUCCCUUAAAUAUAGGUCUACCUAGUAAAAUGAAGUUUCUAAAUAAACCGUUCAAAGAAAUGAAGAAAUAAUUAA